AUGGCCAAGUUCUAUGCAAUAGCCAGAGGUUUCAAAACCGGCAUUGCACAUGACGAAGAGACUCGCCAGAUAUUGACAAACAACUACAAGGACAACAGCAACAAGUCUUUUAAGACGAGGCCGGAGGCUGCAGAAUGGCUCGACAAAAGGCUUGGUGCGCAAGCCGGUGGUGAUUGGCCUGAUAUCUGCGAGGAGGAUGCCAGAGCUGCCAGGCAUGCUGCUGAAAUCGAAAAGGCUGUCCGGGGAGCCGAGAGCGCUGCUGCUAGCCAGGCUGCAGAUGUUUACAGAGCAGAAGAAAGAAGAAGAGUUGUCGCAGAAGCUACUUUGAGGGGUAAAAGAUCUGCUGUGGCACCGGCUCCUGGUCGAUUUUCUCAACCGACGUCCUCAUCCAGCGCAUCGUUGCAGCUUGUGCGCGGGCCAAUAUCUUUCGUUGCCUUCAGAUCCGAGUUCUUGAAGGGUUUCAAUAACCUAUGCGACAGUUUCGAGCUACGGGACGCGCCAGCGACCCCCAAGUUACUGCUUCCAGCCCCAGAGCCCUCGUUCGGUUCGAAGAGAGCAGGAACUGUCAACACUUUGCCCUCAAGCCCCCAAGAUAAAGAAACCAUCUCAAAUGAAUCCGUCUUCAAGCGCAAGCAUCAGGCUCCUGGAUCUCCUACGCCAUCACUUUUGAAGCCCAAAGACACUCGUAAGGGUCGCUCUCGUCAUGGACAUUCACCUUUGCAGUCUAUGGACUCAACGCCCGACAAACAGACCUCGAGCAAGUCAUCCUUCCGAGAUCGUGGACGGUCUCGUAAAUCUGCCGUUUCGGAGGAUGAGGAUGACGCAAGCUCGGACCCGUUCGCGUCCGACUCCGAAGCUUCUGAAGAGUCUCCUCCAAGGAGUCAGCGCUCUCGAGGGGCCUCGUAUUUUUCUUCGAAGCCUGCCGCUGAUGCAUCAACCUUGAAGUCUUCGAAUAGAAGGUUCAAAGAACCAAGUCCUGCGUUUUCUGACUCUAUUAUCCAGAAGAAGUGUGGUCGAGCUGAGUCGCGGUCCCGCACUACGGCUUCUCACUCUCAACCGACGCCUAGCUCUCACCGGGAGAGAGAUCAUUCACGUGCGAAACGUGACAAUACUACCAGAAGUCCACCGGCUACCUUCGACCAGGCAACCUUGAAAAAGCGCCGUCUUGACACCUUUGAUGGCCUCCUCGCGCCUGCAAGCGGCAUCAACACACCGCGCAAACCUUCUGCGCGUAAGGCUAGCCGUGCUGGAUCAGUCUCAGAGAUGCCCGCAUCCAAAAAGGCGAAGCAUAGCCAAAGCAACAUUAAGAAAGCUACUUCGUCUCGGCACAGAUCUCACAGCGAUUCCGAGGAGUACGAGGGGCCUAUAUCGGUUGCUAGUGACACAGCUAGUGUCAGCGACUCCGUGCGGUCUCCAAGCCCUAUGCGCAGCAAGAGGAAGGCUCAUGAUAGCCCCGGCUCCUCUGCUCGUCAGAGCGAGUCAGAGAAGUCUGAUAGCGAUGCAUCAGAUAAUUCUGGCAUCAGUAUUCCCUUGAAAUCGCGUCGUUCGAGACAUGGUAAGAGACGGUAA